UUUUCAGCUUAAUGCGAGUAAUUAAGCCCAAUGAAUCUCCUUAAAGCCUAAAACGCCGAUCUUCAACAGUCCAUGGCUUCCUCCUCCUUCUCCCUUUAUCCUUCCCUCACUCUUGUUGCUUUCCUCCUCCUUCUCUUUCCCGUCCGACGAACCGCCGGCGGUUGCUAUACUUCCAUAUUCAGCUUUGGUGACUCCAUCACCGACACCGGAAACCUCCUCCUCUCCAACGGCGAUAACUGCCUUUCCGGCCGCCUUCCCUACGGCGAGACUUUCUUCGGCCGCCCCACCGGCCGCUUCUCCGAUGGUCGUCUCAUAAUUGACUUUAUAGCGGAAGCAAUGGGGAUACCUUUCCUGCCCCCUUCUCUGCGAGGAGGAGAUUGCGGAGGGUUCCGGCGAGGGGUGAACUUCGCCGUCGCUGGAGCCACGGUGCUGAAAAAUGGCUUCUUUAGAGAGAGGGGAUUCGAUGUCACCUGGACCAACAUGUCUUUGGGUGUUCAGAUUGGUCGCUUCAAAAAACUGAUUUCUUUUUGCGACACAGAGAGGAAGGAUAUUUUCAGCAGAUCUCUAUUCCUGGUUGGAGAAAUAGGAGGAAAUGAUUACUACCAAGGUUUCUUACAAAAUUGGUCCUUUCAAGAAGUCAAAUCUUUGGUACCUCUUGUCAUCAACAAAAUUAGUAUGGCAAUUAAUGAUUUAAUUGAUAUGGGGGCAAAGACUUUGUUAGUUCCUGGAAACUUCCCAAUAGGAUGCAUGGCAGCAUUUCUAACAUACUAUGAGAACUCAAAAGUAGAAGACUACAAUACGAGCACAGGCUGCAUUAAUUGGCUGAACGAGUUCUCAGAGUAUCAUAAUAAUGUUCUCAAGCAGGAGCUCAAUCGUCUUCGCUAUACUCACCCCGACGCCACCAUCAUUUACGCGGAUUACUUCAAUGUAGUUAUGAACAUCCUUAGCCCUGCAAAUAGCACAAGGCUUGAAAGAGUACCUUUAGCUGCAUGUUGUGGUAGCGGCGGCGGUCGAUACAAUUACGGUAAGAGCGUAAAUUGUGGAAGCGAGAACUCGACUGUGUGCGAUGACCCGUCGACUUAUCUUAGCUGGGAUGGACUGCACUUCACAGAGGCAACUUAUAAGGCCAUUGCCAAGGGAAUCCUGGAAGGGCCUUUUGCUGAUCCUUCUAUCAAUAAGGCAUGUAGUUCUUCCAAUAUUGGAUCUGUGGUAAAAGAACUUGCAAUUAAUGUUUCCAAAGAAGAAUAGAGGAGAUAAUUUUGUAUAAAAAUGUAUGUACAUACUAAGGGAUCCGAUUGCGGUAAGUAGGCUUUCAAAAAAAGAUAAAAAUUGAGGUUUUGUUUGGGCUA